UUCUUGCACCGCGAACCCACCCACCCGCGCUUAUUGCACGGCCCUGAGGCCGGUCUGGGCGGGAGCGUGACACGCUACUGCGCGAGCCCGGGGCAGGUUCCAUCUCCGGCUCCCAGCGCCCCGCCCCCCGCCCCUACUCUGGUCCCCCGGGGCUCUCCCCGGGAACUCCCGGCAAGGGCUGGGCUGACUGUGCAACCUACAGCGCGCGCCCCCCGCCUGCCUGGCCCGCGGCUGGGAUACGGCGCUAGGGGGCGUCUCCGGGCGGUGCUGCUGCGUUAGCAUCAGCUGCUGCUGCUGCUGCUGGAAGGUGAACGGAGGAACAGGCGUUGCUGUCUUGCUCCUGCUCCUGCAGCCGCCGCGCUGGGGAUCCGGGCAGCAGCAGCAGCUCCCUGAUUGAGCAGCAGGAAGAAGACAUUAGGCAUCUUGGCCUAGUGCCUGGCUACCGCCCCCCCGGCCCUUCCCUCCAGCGCACACGCCUCUCCUCCUGGUUGGCUUCCGUUCGAUCGAUGGGGCAGUGAAGGAUGCUGCCAGGCCCCAGGGAAGCGACAGCAGCAGCAUCUCCAUCAGCAAUCUCAGCCCUUCAAGGCUCCUGCUAGGUACUAAACAGUAUUAGAGGAAACCUACACAGGUGACAUAUCAUCUCCAAACAGCUGGCCAGAAGCCUGGUUGUCACUGCCUGCCUGGUGUAGAAUGGCAUUUGGGCUCAGCACUCCGUUCUUGUUGCUGUGGGCAAUAACAGGGUAUUUCUGUGAGCAGUGCACGGAAGGAGCCACGUACUCAGACGCAGUGAUAUCUCCUAAUUUAGACACCACUAAAAUCAUGAGAGUUCCCCAUGCCAUGUCAAUGUCAGACUGCACAGCGGCUUGCUGCGAUCUUUCGGGUUGUGACUUGUCCUGGAUGUUUGAACGGCGCUGCUACAUUGUGAACUGCCAGCAUAAAGAAAAUUGUGAACCCAAGAAAAUUGAAGCAGUGAAGUCUUACCUUACAUUUGUACUUAGGCCUUCUCAGAGGCCAGGUGCAUUGCUAGGGUAUGGACAGGUGCUGCCAAGUAUGGUUCACUCUGUGGGUGAGCCCUCUGAGGAAGUGAGUCACCUGAAGGAGCUGUCUCUGCUGAGUAAAGAUCACAGCUUUGAGGAGAUACCUGAAUACACUGAUGACUACAGGGACUUGGAACAGGACCCCUUUCAGCUGAGCAUCAAGCACAAACAGAAAGAGAGCACGGAUUACAUGGACUGGGGCCUGAUGGUGACCAGUGAAAAUGGCUUCAACUCUACAGUAGCUGAUACCGAAGAAGACCAUGAGGAUUUGGCUGAAAAGCAGAGGGAAGGCAGUAGGCUGGAAAAUCUCAUGAUUAAAAGUGGGUCCAAUUCAAACUCUGUUCCUAUUGAACACGCCAAGGAGAAGCUGCCAUCUCUUGCUGAGAUGACACCAUUCCCAGUGGAGUCCACUGAAAGCAAAGCAGCGAGACAGCCACCUGUACAAGCCAGUGACAACCUGGGGAAAGAGGUUCUAACGCCUUCCCAUAAUCCUCCUUCAGACAAUCUGGAAUCUACCCAAGCUAUUGCAGAGAGAACUCCAAUCCCAACAACAGCCCCCGGGAGUCUGACACAAGAUGGGAUCACACCACUUCCAGCUAGUUCUGUCAUCUCUCAGGCCACUGUCACACAGCAGCUCCCAUCUCCCACCACUGCUGCCAAAGCAGUUACAGUAAAAGAACUCGUGGUGUCAGCUGGAGAUAACUUACAGGUGACUCUACCAAAAAACGAAGUUGAACUCAAUGCCUUUGUUGUGCCACCACCCCCAACAGAAAGAGCCUACAGCUAUGAGUGGAGCUUGAUCAGUCACCCUGCUGACUAUGAGGGUGAAAUGGAGCGGAAGCGUACACGGACACUGAAACUCUCUCAACUGUCAGUAGGCCUCUAUGCCUUCAAAGUGACCGUUUCUGGUGAAAACGCAUUUGGAGAAGGAUUUGUAAAUGUCACUGUCAAACCAGCAGUCAGAGUAAACCAACCACCCGUGGCAGUUGCUUCCCCCAAUGCACAGGAGGUGUCUUUGCCUACAACUUCUACCUUCAUUGAUGGCAGUCAAAGUAGAGAUGACACUAAGAUACUAAGUUACCACUGGGAGGAAAUUAAAGGUCCCUUGCGAGAACAGAAGGCAUCAGCUGACACGCCUGUUUUGCACUUGUCUAACCUUGUUCCCGGAAAUUACACUUUCCGGCUAACAGUAAUUGAUUCAGAUGGAGCAGCUAACUCCACAAUUGCGUUUCUGACAGUCAACAAACCAGUGGAUUACCCACCCAUUGCCAACACAGGACCAAAUCAGGCAAUAACUUUGCCCCAAAACUUCAUCACACUGAACGGAAACCAGAGCAGUGAUGAUCAUGAGAUUGUUAGCUACGAGUGGUCACUUAGCCCCAAAAGUAAAGGCAAAGUAGUAGCAAUGCAGGGAGUGCGGACUCCAUACCUCCAGUUAUCUGCAAUGCAGGAAGGAGAUUAUACAUUUCAGCUGACUAUUACAGACUCAGCAAGACAGCGGUCCACAGCUGAGAUCACUGUGAUUGUACAGCCUGAAAAUAACAGUCCUCCAGUAGCGGUGGCUGGUCCGGAUAAGGAAUUAACAUUUCCAGUAGAAAGCACUACACUGGACGGAAGCAAAAGUCAUGAUGACCAAGGCAUUGUUUUCUAUCACUGGGAAAAUAUCAGGUAUCUAGUAAAAAUGAGUGGGCCAACCACUGUGCAAAUAAGAAACAUUGACAAAGCAGUGGCAACUGUAAGCGGUCUACAGGUUGGUACCUAUCACUUCCGACUGACCGUGAAAGAUUACCAGGGAUUAAGCAGCACAGCUACACUCUCUGUUAUUGUGAAGGAAGAAAACAACAUUCCUCCCCGGGCUCAUGCAGGAGGCAAACACAUUCUUGUGCUUCCUAAUAACUCUAUUACAUUGGAUGGCUCACGGUCUACUGACGACCAAGGGAUUGUAUCGUAUCUGUGGAUUCGGGAUGGCCAGAGCCCAGCUGCUGGCGAUGUGAUGCAUGGCUCAGACCAUGAGGCAGUUCUGCAGCUAACCAAUCUUGUGGAAGGACUCUAUACUUUUCACUUGAAAGUCACAGAUGCUAAAGGAGAUUCAGCUAUUGACACUGCCACUGUUGAAGUGCGGCCUGACCCUAAAAAAAAUGGUCUGGUGGAGUUGAUUUUGCAAGUUGCAGUUGGCCAGCUCACUGAGCAACAAAAGGACACCCUGAUGAGACAGCUAGCAGUGCUGCUGAACGUCUUGGAUUCAGACAUCAAAGUUCAGAAGAUACAAGCCUACUCAGAUUUAAGCACAGCGGUUGUAUUCUAUGUGCAGAAUGGGCAUCCUUUCAAAGUAAUAAAGGCUUCAGAUGUCGCACGGAUGCUGCACAUGCAGCUGCUAAAGGAGAAGGCUGACUUCCUGCUUUUUAAAGUUCUGCGGGUUGACACAGCUGUCUGCCUUUUAAAAUGCUCUGGACAUGGUCACUGUGACCCCAUCACAAAGCGUUGUAUUUGCUAUCAGCUGUGGAUGGAGAACUUGAUCCAGCGUUACCUGAAUGAUGGAGAGAGUAACUGUGAAUGGAGCAUACUCUACGUGACUGUAUCCACUUUCAUUUUGGUUGUGCUCAUGGUGAGCUUAGCGUGGCUCUGCAUCUGCUACUGCAAGAGCAGAAAGAGGACAAAGAUAAGAAAGAAAACCAAAUACACUAUCCUAGAUAACAUAGAUGACCAGGAAAGGAUGGAGCUAAGGCCCAAAUAUGGUAUAAAACACAGAAGUACAGAACACAAUUCCAGUCUGAUGGUUUCAGAGUCCGAGUUCGACAGCGACCAGGACACUAUCUUCAGCAGAGAAAAGGUCGAAAGAGAGAAUCCUAAGAACAUCAUGAAUGGUUCUGUCAAAAAUGGAGUUUCCUUCACCUAUAGCUCGAAAGACAGAUAAUUGAAUGAGUGUAAAAUGAAAGGACGUGCUGAUUUGACACAUCAAGAAAGUGUUGAUCCACCUUUUUGUUUUCAAAAUCAAAAGCUUCCUAAAAUUUAUCCUAACAGCAGAUGAAGUAAAAUUCCAGUACAGUGAUGGGGGGAUUAAACAGACAACUAACUCUUGUCAUUGGUGUAAGAAGCACAUUUAAUUCCUCCUUUGCUCUGUGCUAAACAUUUAUGUAUAAGUGUCAGCAGACACUUUUCCUAUAACAGACCAAGGAAUCACUGCUAUGACCCCAGCCAGGAGUGUUCUGUUACUAACAACAGUGACUGUCUGAGGCUUUGAGCUAUAUACAGGCUGUGUCUUUACUUUGUUUCCAUCACUCGAAGGAGCACUGUUAUGUUACGUAGCUAAUGUAAAACAGUAAAAGCCAACAUUCAGAGUUUCCCUUCUAGCUGCAAAGAGGAGAGUUUGGCUACAAGCUCCAUCGUCAUAUACAGUUUUUAAGUUGGAUACAGAAAGGGGAGGUCCACAGAUAGCAUUUUUAAUACAUAGUAUUUGCCUCUACGCUCUGCUUUAAGACUGUGGGUUUUAGGGUAGCACUCCUAAGGUGAAAAUGCCUCUGUUUUUAAGGGAUGUUUACUAUCUAGCAGUUUCACUUAAUCAGCUGCAAGCUAAUGUGAUACUUUUGUAUCCUGUACAAAGCAUAUGCCCCCUGUAUGUAUGUCAAAAAAAUGAUGGCAGCAGAGAAAUCCUGCCUUUUAUUCUCUUCCAUUAUGACGACUGAGGCUUGUAUUUCUGUUCCCUCUGGGGCCUGAAGACCCAAGCCAGGGGUAUGUAAUAAAGAGGAGAGGGGCAGGGAGGACUUAGCACCUGCAUGCCUCCUGCUAUGUGUCAAGCACCCUAAACUUCCUUUGGCUUAAAUGGGAGUUUAAGGUGCUCAGGACCUUUCAAGAUUGGAUCCUUAAUGUGCUUAAAUUGAGAUGGACACUAGAAUAUGUCAGUAGGGAGUGUUAGAAUGUGCCAAGGCUGUUACUGAGCAAAGGCUUGGCUCUUUGUUACAUAUAGGAAGCAGGAGCUUUGAUCACACAGUAAGGAUUAGUUAGGGCUGACUGAAACUUUCUCUUGAAUAUUAGAGGGGUUUUUUGUUUACUCUUUGCUAGGGGGUUGGCUGUCUUGGGUCAGGAAGAGGGGCAAGACUCUUGUUCAGGACCCAGGUGGUAUUCAGGGGUGCCAUAUUUGAAGCGCCCCAUCACGUCGUGGAGAUCUGUAUAAGGAGAACCCAGUUUAUAUGUGGACUUCAUUUGUUCAUGGCUACGGUGGUGGGGGAUACAGACCAGUCAGCUUAACUUCAGUACCCAGGAAGUUAAUGGAGCAAAUAAUUAAGUAAUCAAUUGGCGAAGACCUACUAGAUAAUAAGGUGAUAAGUAACAGCAUGGAUUUGUCAAGAACAAAUCAUGUCAAACCAACUCAAUAGCUUUCUUUUGACAGGGUAACAAACCUUGUGGAUGGGGA